UCGUUCGUUGUUUAUUUUUUGGAUUGGUUAGCUACCGUUUAACUGCAUUAUUUAAGAAUAUGACUGCAAGAAUUGUAAUAGCAGGUGAAUCACAGUGUAACGUAUUUGCUGAAGUAUGUUUAGUUGCCGAUUACAUUGCACAAAAUCUUCCCAAUUUUUGUUUUGAAAGAAUAGAAAAAGCAGUUAUAGAAUGGGAGCAAUGGCUAUGUAAAAUAAAUCAAAAGAAUAAAUGGCAUCAUAUAGGAUCUCCAAUUGUAUGGAAAGAGUUACUGAUGAAAGGAAGUAAACCCUAUUACAUUGGAGGGGCUUCGGAUUUUUUAGAUUAUUGCCAUUCCUAUUAUCAAUUUGAUCUAUUCCUUUCAACCGAAAAGUUUGAAGGCUUGGUACAUAACUUUUCACAAUACGAGAAGAAAUUAAAGACAGACCAAGAUGUCAUAAGUCGCAGGAUAUCCAAUGCAGAAUUUGUGGAACGACCCCCUAAAAAUAAUUUUAUUGUAACCAUUUCUUGUACUGGAUUUCCAUUGGCUAUGCAUUUAGUAUCAGGCUUGUUGGAUAUGACUGUUGGUGAAAAAAGCAUUUCUAAAAUUUACAUUUAUGAUAGCGAAUGUUCUGAAGCUUUUAUGGAGUUUGUGGAACGCGAAUGUAGCUUCAUUGGCACUAACCAUCCAGGAAAAGUUGUAAAAGUCGUGGAAAAAGUUGGGAUGGCACUUACUCAUACUGAUUUAUUCAUUAUUCUUGAUCAUGCACCAUUAGAUAAUGAUUCUUCGUUGGGAGAUUGGUUAUAUGCUAAUAAACAAAUUAUGGAAGAUCUAGCUCUAGUAAUAAAUGCUUCUGCUUGUCGUAAAAUGUAUGUUCUGUUUCCCAAUCUCGGCCCAGCUUGCUACAAUGCUACUGUCCUUAUGAAUUCAAUUACAAAUAUUUAUAAGAAAAACAUUGUCGUUGCUACUUCCGACCUUGGCUUAGAUAUUUCAGCAUUAGCCGCAGAAAUUGCAGAAGUUCCCAUGAGAAACAUGUUUUGCCCUCCAGUAUGGGGAUUUGUGGGAAUUAAUCAAUUAGUAGAUAUCAAGACAACAGUCCAUAAAUAUAACUCUUUUGAACCUUACACUCGAUACACUAAAGUGAAAAAUUCUUCGCUAAUAAUUGGCUGUUUGACACCUGAAAUGCGAACUUUGGAAUAUUUGAUGCAUUUUGAUGAAUCUUUGUGGAUCAAAGUAGCAGAGCAAAAGAAUAAACUUUUAGAAGGGCAGAUUCAUUUGAAUAAAGCUACAGCCGUGUUGAAUGUUGUUAAGCUUUGGCUUUUUGAUACAGACCCUCAAAAUAUUACUAGUUUAGGGAUUCUAUGUGAUGGGUCGUUUGGAUUACAGUUCAAGGGUGCAUUUUCACAACCAGCUAGAUUAGUCAAUGGAGUUUGGACACCCGCAAGUGAUUAUUUAUUACCAAAAGACCCUCAAAUAAAGUUACCGUAUUUAGAAGACAUGGCAAAGUAUGUAAUGGAUCUCAAAAAAGGCGAUUUACCAAAAGUAAUUCCGUUCUAUCCGUGCUGUUGUAAACCAAAAUUCUUUAAAAAGAAACAGGUGUGGUAGAGAUUUAUCAUAAAUUCUAAAAUACGCUUUACAUUGAUUUCAUUAUUACAACAUAUUUUUAGUUGUAUCGAUUGUUUAAUUCGAUAAUCGAGAAUCGUUGGUUCAUUUCUAAACGUCACUCCGAGGCUGCAAUGGCAUGGCAGGCACCGCUACACGAACAUCACUAUUUUUUAGUGUUGAACGAGCAGCGAGUCGUAGAGUGUGUGUUUAGUCGUGGCUCGCGAAGGAAUGUUAUGACGUGCAGUAACUGUCUUUGUUUCUGUAUUGUUCGUAUAGUUUAUCCCGAUAAUAUUCUAUGGGAAUCACUGUAAUAAUGUGAUAGAAUCUAUGCGAAAUGCAGUACUGCAGCCGCAUUGAGACAUGAAUUUUUCCAAAGUAUGAUUGUGCCAAUAGGAGUUAUUAGCAUAGUUAGGUGUUUGUAUUGGUUAAGUUGUGUGAAUGUUGUGCCAAUAAUGAGAUAGUGUAGUGUUGUGAUGUGGUUGUGGGACAUGUGGGGCGUGUUGUGGGCCGUGGAGGCCGUGGCGCACUUGGUGGCAGUGGUGGCGACGCCUCUGGAGCCCGGGCCACCGAUCCCCCAAGGUGAGAGGAGCCUUGCCUGCCACCUACGCUAUGUCACUGCUUACUAACAUAGUUGGUAACAUUGCAUGCGCUGCUGCACGCCUUAUUUGUCAACUUGCAUGGAUUUUUAUGAAUGUAAUAACUUCCCUGUCCUUUUUUUCAUUUGUUUUAUGUUUAAAGUUUGACAGCUAGAAAUCACAUGUAAUACUUUUGUUAUUUUUAAAUUAAUAA